AUUUAAUUAAAAUGCGAUUAUGCAGAAGGUAGAAUUAAAAAUGUAUUAAAAGGUAUUUAUAAAAAGGUAAAGGUACAGGUAGGUAUAGGUGUAUUAACAAUACAAACAAUUCUAUGUCACAAUGAUUAUUUCAAACUCUUCCCGCACAGCAGAUCGUGUGGGAAUAGCCAUUUCCCGCACGCUCAUUUUAGCAAAAACAUACUGCAAAUAAGUACGUUGUCAGAUUGUCGUUAUCAUUGUUGAUUUCCAAGAUUGCCUUUAGAAACCUCGUUUUUAUCCUUGCAUUAUAUAGUUUUUUGUUGUAUAUUUUGGACUACAGUUAUAAAAUUAAAGUAUUAUUACGUCAUACAAUGGCGCUAUUUCAGUACGUUUAAAUAUGUGGGAUGAAAACAGCAUUUUUGAAAAUUAUUUUACCAAAAAUUAGAACAUUUUUAACCCAACUGGAAGCAAGGGUAUUUUUAUUUUGCUUAAUACAACUGAUUAAGGCCCAGUUGUACAAUCUCGGUUCAAAAUAAAGUUCAACUGAACUCGACUGGUACUUAAGCUUUCCCAUUUAAAAUAUAUGACAGCAAUGCAUUUCAAAUGGGAAAGUUCAAGUACCACUACUACCACUCAAGUUUAGCUGAACUCUGUUUUGAAUCAGGAUUGUACAACUGUGCCUAAAAAUAAUAAAACAAUGAAAUUCAAAUAUGGUGAAUGUCCCCAUUCAACCAAUACGUCAAGGCAAGAAAGGACAUGCUGCUACGUCAUCACUGGUAUUUUGGCAUGGUGGUCGGUGGGGGGCUUGAAAAAUGUUAUGACGUCGGCAAUGGUUGAAAACCAAUAUGGCGCGAUUACCAAAAACGAGGCCGAUAAGCACUCCUUAGAUAGAAUGUGUAUUCUCCUUGGUAUCACCAGUGCCAGAAAUUUUAAUAAAUGAACGCGAAUGAGCCUGCACCGAAUACACUUUUUAAAUAAACGAACGGAAAUUCAAGCUCAAAGAAUUCAGAUCAAAAUACCGAUCGCUUAUAAUUUACUAGAAUUGCGUGUGUCAAUAAUUCUGACGAGAGCUAAAAAUAACGAAAUAAAAAUAUUUAAACAAGUCAUGCAAUGUCGUGUGCCGUUGCCAACCAAAAAUAUCUGAAAUUCCCCUAUUUUAAAUGUAUUGAAAAGUUCUUUUAGUUUUGUAAAGGUUGGCAGCAGAAAUUUACUAAAUGUGACGUCAUUCAAAAUAUAGCGUAUAAAAAUCCUAUAUUACCAGUGCUUCGGCCUUGUUUUUGGUAAUUACGGCCAUAUCAAUGAAAUAGAAUGGAGGUUUGGAAUGAGCUUUGCGUCAUGCAAUUGAUUCCAGCAUGAGAUAGCGCUAGUAAGGGCAAAAAAUCUAUUGGAUCUCCCAUAUCUCUCACUCUAACCCUGAGUGAGAUAGCACUAGUAGGGGCAAGAAAAUCUCAUGGAUCUCUCCUGUUCUCUCACUCUAAUGUUGGCCGCAAAUAUAUGCAUCGAGUAGAUAGGCAAAGGGGCUAUUCCAACCUCUUAACUACUUUAUUGGGCCAUAUUGGUGUAGCACCAUUGCUGACGUCAUUAACUAAGUCGUCAGCUGUUUGAGCCAGCGGUCGUCAUUUAGAAUUUAAAUUUAUGAUGAAAAAACAAGGCAAAAAACCAAGGUUGUAGGUUACCUGAUAACUUUAUAACGUCAUCUGGGGUGCCUCAACAUAAUACAAAUCUCCACAAGGCACCCCAGACGCGUCAUAAGGUUACCCAUUACCAGGCAACCUUUAACGAAAAACGACAAGCUGCCUACGUCAUCACUGUUGCUUUGGCAUGGUGGGGCACUUGAGAUUUGAGCUACACAGGCUUAACGAAGGUAAGCUAUCCUUAUAAUCCUUGUCAUGCAUCAUCAUCGAAAACGUACAUAUCGAUAUAAGUAUCGAUAAGCCCUUCUCUAACUUCAAUGUAAACAAACUUUGAAAAGUGAGGUUAGAAACCUUCAUUUAAUUUUAAAAUUUUGCACAAUAAAAUAUAAAAUUUCCUAAUGUUGUACUAAUCCUAGAGCAAACAAUAACAAUGAACAAGUAAUCCAGCCUCAUUAACAAGUUCGUUGUAGAUAUGAUUAGAAGACUAGUGAAUAAUGUCUUACAAAAUCCCACAGAAACCAUAGUCUACUCCAACCCGUUUCUGAAAAAAGACACCCAACAUUUUGGGUGGCUCACCAACGUGGCCCCAUGUUUUCCAGUCCCCUCAAACAAUAUAAAAAUCAUUAGUGAGCCAAAACAAUUCUACGAGGAAUUAUUGGAGCUUUGCAAAAGUGCCACUCAAAGAAUUACCUUGGCCAGUUUGUAUUUGGGCACCGGUGAGCUGGAAAAGCAAUUAGUCAAGGCUUUAUCCACUAAUAAGCAAUUUCAAAACAAUAAACUAAUUAUUAAUGUUUUACUGGACUAUACAAGAGGUAGCAGAGAUGAAGUCAAUUCACGCACAAUGCUUUGUCCUUUAUUGUCUCAAAAUCCUAAAAACUGUACAAUUUCUUUGUAUCAUACUCCAGCUUUAAGAGGACUAUUAAAAAAAUACAUGCCCAAUCGUUGGAACGAGUUAAUAGGGCUUCAACACAUGAAACUAUACAUUUUUGAUGAUACUUUAAUUAUUAGUGGAGCUAAUUUGUCUAAUGAUUACUUCACCAAUAGACAAGACAGAUAUUUUUUAAUCAAAGACAAAAAACUAACAGACUUCUAUUGCCGCUUGAUUAAUAAAGUACAAAGUUUCAGUUUAAAAAUAGACAAAAAUAACAAAGUUAGUUAUAAUAAUAAUUGCCCUUAUGAGGGCAAUAAGAAGGAGUUUGUUAAUAAAGCUAGAGAUUUAAUAGAAGAUUAUUUAGAAACAACUACAAUAAAUCAAAAUAUGUGCACCACAAUGCAAGGCUGUGAUACAUGGAUUUUCCCAACAAUCCAAAUGGGCCAACUAUUGAUCAACCAAGACUCGAUCAUAACAGAUAAAAUUCUAGCCGAAGCCCCUCAUAAUAGCAAACUAAAUAUUGCCACUGGGUAUUUCAAUUUGACCAAUCAAUAUAUGAAUACAUUGAUAAACAAUUCGCAAGGCAAUUGUGAAAUUUUAAUGGCACAUCCUAAAGCCAAUGGGUUUUUGGGUGCUAAAGGGGCUGCAGGUGGGAUUCCUUAUGCUUAUUCGCUAAUAGCACAUAAAUUUAAAAGGCAAUACGAAUAUAAAGGGCAACAAAACAGGAUUAAAUUGUUAGAGUAUUUAAAAGAAGGCUGGACUUAUCAUGGGAAAGGGUUAUGGUAUUAUGCACCUCAAAGUAACUAUCCUUGUAUGACAAUUAUUGGAUCUCCAAAUUUCGGAGAUCGUUCUGUAACUAAAGACUUAGAAACUCAGUUGGUUAUUGUUACGGAAAAUGAAAAACUACAAAUGGAAAUGCAUAGGGAGUGUAGGAAUUUGUAUGAGAAAGGAUUGCCAGCGGAUACGCAAAGAAAAGUGCCCUUUUGGGUUAACGCUUUUGUUGUGUUUUUUAGGAGUUAUUUUUAAAAAUUUUUAUGAAUUUGUAGAUUGUUUUAUUUAUAGUAUUUGUUUAAAGGAUUUAAGAGUUUCUGUUGAUAAUUUUCAUUGAUAGGUACAAAAAAGAGUUUCUUUACCACCCUGUAUUUUAUUUCAUAAAAUUCCCUCACAUUUAGGGGGAAGUUUGGUAGCUUUUAGUGUAUAAAGAGAGAGAUUUGGGGCUCAUCAUACAAAAAUUGUAAAUUGAUUCAAUAGAAAAUAAUGACAUGAGAAAAUCUUCAAUAUCAAUUUUGAAAAAAUAAAAUGAAAAAAUUGACCCACACCCCUAUAUUUAGAUUUUUUUGUUGAAAAACUAGUGAGAGGAAAAAUUUAAAACUUCUGAAGUGAAAAGAGGAAGGUUGAAAGCUCAUCAUACUUAAAUGUCUGAUGGAUCCAUAAUGGAAAAUACCAACAUAAGAAAAUAUUGAAUAUCAACUUUCAGAAAGAAAAAUUUAAAAAUUCCUUGCCAGCCGUCAAACUUAGGAAAAUCAUACCUCGUAUGAAAAUUAUUGAAAAUUUCAUAUUUUCCUUUUUUUUUUGAGGCACCUAGAUAGUGUUUCACGUUCAAAUUUGAAAAUAUGCUUGUUCAAGGGUUGCUUUAUCAUCCCUCAAAAGGAAAAUUCCAAUUCCUUGCCAGCCAUCAAACUUACGAAAAUCUUCCCUCGUAAAAAAAAAAUAUUGAAAAUUUCAUUUUUUCUUAUUUUUUCUUCAGACACCUGGAUGGUGUUUCACGUUCAAAUUGAAAACAUGCUUGUUCAAGGGUUGCUUUAUCAUCCCUCAAAUGGAAAAUUCCUUGCCAGCCGUCAAACUUACGAAAAUCUUCCCUCAUAAAAAAAAAAUAUUGAAAAUUUCAUAUUUUCUUAUUUUUUCUUCAUACACCUAGUGAGAAAGAAAAAUCAAAAAAUUGCACCCUCUCAUAUUUUGUCGUUUUAUAGUAAAACUUCUGAGGCUCAUACCUUUAAGCUCAUCAUACUAAAAUUGCAAAUUGAUCCAAAAGAGAAUAACAACGUGAACUCAUCUACAUCUACAAUAGAUCCUGCAAAUUUCCAGCAGCAACUUUGUUGGGAUUUGAAAUAAAACAACAUUUAAAUCGAAAACAUUUCAUCAGACUUGUAAGAAAACAGUAUUUUUUUUUUUUACAUAAAUUACAACUUUGAUGAACAAAUGCGAAAGUUAAAACUACUAAAAUAAAAAAAUCUUGCUUGGGUGAAGCCAUUUCUACCUGAGUGUAAAAAAAUACAUUAUUAUUUUUGUCUUUGUGAUAUACAUACUAUAAAUACCUGUGAGUGAGUAAAAAUAUAGCAAAAUUCCAUUAAAUUUAAUUCAAAUAAAUUUAUGAUUGCUAUAUUUUCAAGGCAAUAUUUUUUAACUAGUUCAAUCUUUGGUAGGCUUUACUUUCCUUUUCUUACUUAAACAUCUAGUGGCAUAUGACUAGUUCAAUAAUAUCACUCAGGAACUAAUAAAUUUCUCUUUUGCUCAGGGUUUUUAUAUAAAUUAUCUUAACUUAAAUCUGAGCAAAAAAAAAAUUAUACACUAAGUGUGGUGUCACACUCACGCAUUUUCACCGCUGCAUUAUAAUAAAUGAGAGCUGUCACACGCAAACGAGUUAAAAACGCAUAGUGUGACACUACACUUAAUUGGAAAUUAUUAUUAUAGAAAAAAAAUGCAAUUUGAACUUCAUACCAAAACCAUUUGGGUAUUCAAAAACAAUAGGAACUUAUAAAACUCUUGUGGACAAUAAUAAUUUCCUCAAAAUGCACUUUUAAGGUGCAUUCACAAACAUUUCUAAUAAUUUAAAGUAAAUUAAACAAACUUACUAUUUCAGUCUUUGGAAUAAACUUUAAAUUAAUUAAAUAAAUAAAUAAUAAACUCAACUGUGUGUUCGUAUAUACAAAAAAAAAAACUUAUAUACAAUAUAAAGGCGGUUACACACGGGCCUGGAUGUCUACGCACAUACAUGAAUGUGCAAACAGUAGAAAUUUUGUAUACACACUUGUAGCAAUGUAUCAAGCCAUCCACACCUGUGUGUAACCGCCUUAAGAGAAAAUGAACAUAAUCUUCAUAUUCAAAAAAUAUGAACAGGACACAAAAAAAACUAAAAAUCACAUUAUUCUUUUUGGACUUAAACCCAAAAAUAUUUACAUAUUCGGUUCAAACACCGAACCGACUAUAAACGUAUUGACUGUUCACACCGUCGCCCAAAUUGGUUCCGGUUUGAACGAUGUCCGGGUUCAUAACGUUGAACAAAACGGCGAAAAUCGUACAAGCGGCGUAAACGCCUAAGGCCACCCACCAUAAGAGUUGUUCGUGCAACUUUUGCUCGAAAUUUUUCAGAACUAAAAUGCCUAUGGUCAGGCCUGCUAAGGCUCCGGUCAGAUGAGCUACGUAGGACACUGGGGGCCCCGCUUCUUCCGCGUAUCGAGAGUAGAUUGCGUAACCUACGUCGCAAG